UGACGAAAUGCGUACCGUUUCAAAACGCUCCGCUUGCCGUCUUCGUCCGGUGCCUUCUCUGCCCCCCCCCCCUUCUCUUCCACGUGCGGGAUGUCGAUUUCUAGUUUUUCGCGCGAUCCGUUGAUUACGGUAUCUUCUGGUGCAAGUACAAGUGGAGGGGAUAAAUGAAUUUUCGAAUUCUCGGCAACGUCGAGCUCUGGCGUAGAGCGAGUACCUUUCUAACGUUUCGAGCUGAGUUGGCAAGGUUCUCCUUGGCAAAGCGGAAGACAGAAAAUUUAUGGAGGCGCGGGAUGUUAUUGCGGCAGUAGACUUGGACUUGAACUUGUAUUCGUCGACCGUUUUGCAGUCGGCUUCUCUCCCGAGGAAUAUUUACCGCGACAUUGAAUAUCUCUAUCUUUAAACUUGAAUUAACAUUUUCAUGGAAUCAAGGCUGCUCCGUUUUAAAUUAACCGCCAAGACUUUGCUCUUUUCCAAUUACGCCGACACUUUAAAUUCAAAUAAAACAUAUCGCUCACAAGUUGGCAGAAAAGUCUAUCGAUUGAAGCUUGAGUUGGUUCUUGGAAAUUCCAUAAACAGAACAUUUAUUCGAUUGAUCAUAAGCACGAAUUAGCUUUGAGCGGCAAGUAGAUCAAUUAUUUUCUUGCUCUAUCGAGCCGCGUUAAAAGGCACCAGAGCAUUACCGUAGACACGUAACUACUGGUAAGAAAAAAAAAAACUUGCUAUUACGAUGGGCCGACAAUGUGUGCGUAGCAGUACGUGUGUUAUUAUCCAAUGCAUCAAUAACUCGCGCUAUUUGCGUAUUACGAUACGCAUUCAAUGCGUUAUGCAAUGUCACGGCCUAGUCCAGAAAUGCGCAUUACAUCACACAACCCACGAAGGUCUGAUUGCAUUUGGGAAGAGCAUAAUUGACUAACGAACAAACGCAUCACGCACGUUUACGUGCCAUUAGCUCAAUUAAAUCAUCAUACAUAUUUCAUGGAGGACGAUCGCACGCGAACUGGUCGAGAAACGAGAACGGAAGACGACUCGCGCAACGUCUCGACGUUGCCUCGGAGAUCUUCCUGAAAACUCAACGCUGUUAUUUUAAUUCAUGCUGCGCAAAAAUCAAUCUCCGUGUGUUUAAUCUAAUCAGCGCAUCGAUCAAUCUCCGCGGUGCUUAAUCUGAUCUGCCUAAUCGAGCGUACAUAUAGUAAAGAGACAACGCAAAAUUGGCACGAGUAGACAAGCAAGGAAUUGAGGCGCGAGGAAAGACGGUGCUAGUGUCGCGAGGCUCCAAAUCGUUUUGUUCGAAAUUGACAGAUCGGGGGCAUCGUAGACCUUGUAUAUUCGAGGCAAGUGGCUCGGGGAGUUUAAUCCGAUCCGACGUGGUAGUCGACGUGAUUAAAAGUGCAAAAAUCGCGCCUCGCGGCGCCUGUCCAUCGAUCCAUCUGUCCAUCCACCCAUCCAUCCGUCUACUUUGCCCAUCCAAGCCGAAUGCCGAAGACGAUGCGUCGUCAUCGGGGGGCCGGCAGUCUCGCGCGGGCUGUCGUUCGGGACGCAUGCAGUUCCGUGUUCGCUCGCUACCGCCGACACGACCGUCGUUGCAAAACGUGCCUCGACCCUGCGAUGAUCAACAGCAUCUCCGUGGUGUCGCGCGACCAGCUCCGGUUCUGAUCGAGGGCAGCCGGAAGGAGAGUGCAACUGGCGGAAAAAUGGAUUCUCACGACGGUAGCGCGAGGUCCCCCCGUCGCGAGCCGCGGCUAGAUUUACGUGGGACGCCACGAGCCAUAAUCACGGCAGGCUCGAAGCGGGAUGUCCGUGGGUUCGGGCGGCCGGGCGCCGUUUAAGCGGACCACGCAAAAUAUACAACCGCCCAGGAAGUCCAGCAGAAGCCAGGCGAAGCCGGCCGAGCCUGCGGCACCGGCGCCCAGAGCAGCGCCGAGCGCGGGGCGGAAAAAGGACGCGGUCGCGUCGCUCUUCAGCGCGAGAAGACCGGCGAGGAGAGCCGUCCAGGGAGACAAGGCGACGAGGCCGGGGGAUCAGCGGCUAAAAGGACAGCCUAGCCAGCAGCAGUCGGCGCAACAGCAGCCGCAGCAGCAAUCGGCGUCGCUGCGCCAAGCGCCAAGCGCCUCCUCGCUGGAGGCGAAGAGCGACGUUUCGCCGACCGGGAACAGCUGGGCCGGCUCCCUGGGCGGCAAGGAGCCGGCCAAACCCAAGGUGACGACGGCGUCGAAGGGCCCCGCCAAGGCCUCCAAGAUGCAGGAGAUGGAACGCGAGGUCGAGGCUCUGCGUAAGGAUCGCACGCGCCUCGAGGCGAACUUGCGCGACGCAGUCUCCGACGUUCAGAAUCUGCGUGAGAUGCACGCCGAGUUAACCGCCUUCAAGGAGCAGAAUCGUCUGGAGCUAGAGCGCCUCUCCGAGGAGAACGAGGCCCUUCGCGCUCGUCUCAGGGACGUGGCGCAUUCACCGCUCUCGGACUCGGAGAAGCAGCAGCUGCUGCUGGACGCCUCGAGGCUUCACAACUCCGCGCCGGCCUCCAUCGCCAUUCCCCAGGACGAUGGGCCCGCGCACAACGCCAGUACACCUCAGGAGGGGGCCCAGUGCACCACGCCGGACUGGGACAAGCACUCCUCCAGCUCGAUGUCCGAGAUCUCGGUCGCGUGCCUGCAGGACAGGAUCCUGCAGAUGGAGGAGACGCAUUAUUCCACGAACGAGGAGUUACAGGCGACCAUUCAGGAGUUGAGCGACUUGCAGGCACAACUGACCGAACUGCAAACGGACAACGAAAGACUAACCGAGGAGAAAGAGGUUCUCUUGGAGUCGCUGUGCCGUCAGACGGAGAAGCUAGAAGACUCCCGUUCCAAAGUUGACACCUUGCAGGGGCUACUUUUGAGGGAGGAGCAGCCGCAGGAAGCAUCCAAGGGUUACAAUACAGAGAGGGAACAGAAACUUGUAGACCUACUGAAAAGUGCGCAAGAGGAACGAGAGACGCUGCUGCAAAAGCAGGAGGAGUUGACCAGCGAACUGAAGAGCCUGAGAGCGACCGCUGACGCCAGCGCGGCGGAGACUGAACGUCUAACGAAAUGCGUCGAGUUACUGGAGGCGUCGGUGGACGCGGCGAACGUCGAACGGAAGCAGUUGGACAUGGAAUUGACGGAGGCGAGGCAGGAGGGCGCGAAUCGCAGUAUAGAGAUCAGCAGAUUGGCGACCUUGUUGGAGAACGCGCGGGCGAAGAUCGAGGAGCUGGAGCAAUCGAGGCAGCUGGAGAACAAGAGCGAGGCGGACGAGCUGCUGGACGCGGCCAGAAGGGAGAAGGAUACGCUCGAGACGCAGGCGGCAGCGUUGCAGGAACAGCUGGCGCGCUCGCAUUGCGACCACGAUCGACUCAGGGAUCAAUACUCGCAGCUUCAGGAGGAAUAUAAAGUGAUAGGUAAAGAAGAUAGCUUUUCUAUGCAAAUGAAAUUUCAGGUGGCUCGAAAUAACGCGAAGUCCGCCAUAGACGACUUGGAGUACAGGCUGAAUCAGUUGAAGGACGAGCGACUUUCUGUGAGCACGGAACUGCAGCUCGUCCGCGACUCCCUGGCGGAAUUGCAAGCGCAGUGCCAACGGCACCUGGAGGACAAACGGGACCUGAAGGCCGCGGUGAGCGACGCGCAACGGAGGGAACGCGACGCUCAGGCGCGCCAGCUCGAGUUGGAGUGCGCGCUGGCCGACGAGCGUAAGCUGAGGCAGGAGGAGAGCACGGAGUGGGAGCAGUUCCAGACGGACUUGCUGAUGACCGUGCGAGUUGCCAACGACUUCAAGACCGAGGCCCAGAGCGAGCUGGAACGCGUGGUAAUGGAGAACAAGGCGCAGAGAGACAAGCUGCGAGCGCUGGAGGCACAGCUCGAUAAACUUAACAAAGAUAGCACUGUAGUGAGUUGCAAGACACUCGAUGUCACUAGCGGGGAUAAAGUAAAAAUGGCGAGCGUUUUGCUAAAGCGUGGUCGGAUGAUUCUAAAGAAGCGUUACGACGCCAGAAAGCACGCGUUACAAAAUGGCUUGUUUAAAGCAACGACGAGCGGCUGGGAUUCGCAUAAAGCGCGGCUCGAGGACGUCAGUGCCGCGAGUCGGAACGAACUCGAACAGAGUUUGCCGAAUAAUAGUUUGACUGCUGCCACAGCGGACGCGCCAGCACUCAAGGAGGCCAUUAAAUUGGAGGACAAAUUGAUUUCCGGCGAGGAGGUUGAAUUCUAUCCCGCGUAUCGCAUCGACAGCCAACAUACUGAAUGUUCCACGGAUGGGACAGUUGAGCAUUUAGCGAAUGAGAAUUCGAGACAGUCAAAAGUCUCGAGGAACGAAUCGUCAAAGUUCUACUUGAACGACUUCGAGUCGGAUAAGGUUCCCAACGAUCCACCCGACGAGCCUCCAGUAAUUUCGCAAGAUUAUCCGAAGCUGUACAUCACCGUUACGGACACAUCCGAUAAAGACGCGGUGGCCAAGAGUUCCUUAUUAAAAAAUAUCCGCAGUAUUCAAAACGCCAACGGGGAUUCGUACGGCAUCAACAUUUCGAACAGUCGAUUCUUCGUGCCGAAGGAUUACAUAUUUUCCGGCGUGGAAAGUUCCAUGAACGAUCUGAAAUUCGAGGUAGAUCCGGAAAUGGGGAGGCUGUUGCAGAGAAGUUACAGUAGUCCGCAGGUCAACACGAGCGCCGACAUCGACAUGGGUUCGUCGUCUUUAGAGACAGCGGUAACAACGGAAACUUUGACCGUACCGAGCGACUCGACGAAACAACGCGCUAAUCCAGAUCUCAGGACUGCAAAAUCGCUCUCAGAUUCAUCCGUGUGUGUAAAAUCGAAAGAAAGUUAUAAGAAUGAACAAAGGCAAAAGUUGUUCUUGAAGAAACCUGAAUCAAAACCGAACUGCGAGGUAAUUGAUUCUACCUUGGACGAGACAACUUUGACAUCAAAAACGGUCGUAGAAUCACGAACUGGAAAUCAUGCUGAAUUAUUAGAUGCAAUUGAUAAUUGUCGUAGUAAACAAGAAAACGAAGAAAAAUCACAGGGAAUAAAAUAUGAUAAUCAUGAAUCCCCUCUAUUAAAAGCAUCUCACUUAACAGACAAAACGACAGGACGAGGAACAUCGCGCAACAAUCAAUUAUGGACAGCGAAGCACGUGAUCAUCGAUGAUCAACUUACGAAGGAAUCUCCGUGUCUCGAUGCUAUUCCAGGGAACAGGGAAGUUUUUGAUAUGCUUGAGGAACCGAAAAUACCAAUCUCGCCCGAUGAAACUAUCGAAGUAAGCUCGCCGAGAUCUGCGGGAAGUACAAAUACCGAAUGCGAGAAAAUAAAGAGUUCUCACGAUAUCUUAAGCGCUCCUCUAACGAGACGGAAAUCGUAUCCACUGUUGACGCCCUCGGAAAUCGCAUAUAAAUCAAAAUAUCGCUCGUUAAUUCCAAUUGUUUCAUCGAACGUGCCGGGAGGCGUUUCAAGUGUUCAUUUGGAGAAAGCAACGGAAGUGCCGGAACCACCGCCUUAUUUCAUUAAUCAGGAAAACCAAACCGAGUCUCCGGCGUAUAGCGAACAGUUACAAGAACCAACGUGCUCGAGUCCGAGCGAGACGAAUCGAUUGAAUCGCAUAAGAUUCCUGCAAGGUAGCGUGCAGGCAAACGAGAACAGUUCUCAGCUGGGGAAAGGGUCUCCGUCCGAAAGUAAACUUCGCGUAACGAGCGAGGAACCUACGGUGCCGCAAAGUGACGCGGACUUGGAGUCGGAUCGACCCCCACCGAUGGGACGCACGUCAUCCUUCAAAGAAAAAUUUGAGACAAUCUUAGAGGACGCGGAAUUGAGGACUCUGUCGGGACGGCGUCCGCAAAUGGGCGGGUCUUGCGACCCUAAUCAAAAAGUGAUACAACAGCCGCCUACGAGGCCGGCCAGCACACCGACGGAGACUCAACAAUCCGUGCUGACGAGCGUGCAGCAGGAGAUUGCUGCUCGUAGGAAGGCGAACAUUUCGCGUCAAGACUCGAGGCUUUCCGUUAAGUGUCUGAUCGAGAGUAUCGAAAAUGCCACGAAACAGGCUAAAGCUGGACCUGGCAGCCGCAGCAGCUCUACGUCGUCUUUAAAUUCGAUUGGAACUACAGAUAUUAUGUCUUUGAAGGCACCUCUCAGAGACCAACAGCAAAUCAACAAUUUAAUCUGCACGGCGAAUUCGACAAAUAAUAACAAAACACAAUCCGCAAUCACGAAGAAACCGGUAUCAGAAACAAAGUCGACGCCUGUGGUAUUGAGCCCGGGCGAAUUGCUGGAUUCGGCCGCUUUGAACGCCAAGGCGAUCGACUUCGUGCGUCGAAACAGCGUCACCGAUCUGUCGGAGCGCAAGGAUCCCCUGUGUGGCUUGGUGAAGAACGGCGGGUCCAAGCGUAACGCCCUGCUCAAGUGGUGUCAAAAUAAGACGAUAGGCUACCGGAAUAUCGACAUAACUAACUUCAGCAGUUCCUGGAACGAUGGCCUAGCGUUGUGCGCGAUUCUGCACUCCUAUCUACCGCGGAAAGUACCGUACGACACGUUGACGCCGGUCGAAAAGCGGCGUAACUUCUCGAUCGCCUUCGCCGCCGCCGAGAGCGUUGGCAUACCAACCACUCUGAACAUCGGUGAAAUGUGUCAACUCGAGCGACCUGACUGGCAGCAAGUCAUGACAUAUGUGACCAGCAUUUACAAGCACUUCGAAACGUAACUGAUCACUAUUCCAUUUGCAUUGCCCGUCAGGCGGCACGUGCUACUGAACGCGCUCGGCAUUGCGAGGCGAGCGAGAAAGAACAACAGCAUCUAGUCAAGCAAAAUUUAUGAAUGAGAAGAAAUGCUGCGCAGCAAGAAAGAUUCUGAAGAUUCGUCGAGGAUCGCUGGAUCAGCACUGCCUACUAAUUAUAUCCUCUUGUACGCGUUGUAUAUAGUUUCGAAUCACAUAGCGUACGAAUCACCGGAGUAUAUGCGGAGUUCGAUGGAAGACCAAACACCAAAUGGAAUUGCCGUUACUAUGAGACUGAAAACUUUAUAUAUAUAUAUAUAUAUUCGCAUAUAUAUGUGCACGUACAUAUGUGGCGUGUGCGCUUUGUAGGGCACGAGCGAAUUCGAAAAGAAUCUUUCACUUGAGAAAAAGAAGCUACGUAAUUGUAAGCUCUGCGAACGAAAGCGAGUCGCGUGCAACCGCGCGCGGCGUUCCUCAAAGACGAAGCCCCGGCGUUACGCGUUGGCGAAGAGUGCGCACGCAUUGCCUCUGCAUCGUAGUCUUUUUGCACCGUUCUUACAAAGAAGUGAAUCGGAAAUCGAGUAUUUGCGUUCCUCUCGUACCGAAUAUUUUUGUACGUGUAUUAUUUUUCGAGAAACUUUUUUGUAGAGUUUACAAAAUACGAAUGUACAGAACGAAGCGCCUUAAUUUAAGAGACCUAAUUUAUUGCAAUUAGUCGCAUUUAGCGCUCUUACCAAGCGGAGAGGUCCGUCCGCUCCUCCACCCCGUGUCCCCUCUCCCCCCUCUCCCCCGGAGGGAAUCAUUUUGCGUUUCUACUCUAGUUAAGGAAGCAAGAAAGAGCUCUAAAAGGAAACAAUUGUGUCGUGCGAGGAUUAAGUUCUCUGUGAUAUAGCAAGAUAGCCCCGAGACAGAGAUACAGACGUUAUCGUUAUUGCUAUUACUAUUAUUUUACUAUUAUCGCUAUUAAUAUCGUCCUCAUCGUCGUUGUUGUACCAUUUGUAGACAUUACGGAUAUUGUAUGUCCGAUGUAAAACAAUAAACUUGCCUAAUGGAUAUUUAAGAUCUAGAUAUCCUGAGUAAUCGUGUCGCA